AUGCGAGACAAUAAUUCAUACAAUACACUUCAACACGCACUUGCUCCUGCAAUUUCCGGAAAUAUUUUCUACAAUCUUACAGAUAGAAGGACAAUUGUAGUUUCUGAUGCAUUUCCAAACAAUGUAGGACUAGAAUCAGAGCUAAAUAUCGAAUAUAAAUCCAAAAAUAAUUAUUUAUGUUUUAAUGACGUUAUUUUCUUUGAUACAACAGAUAUUUUUGCCAAUUUAUCAUUGUCAUUCCAACAUUAUUCUCUACAAACACCAAAAUCAAUAUUAAUUUCAGAAUCUUUGAAUGAAAAUUUGUUUAAUAUGGCGAAGACCAUCCUUGAAUUUUCUAAACCUAAUAUAUCUGUUAAACUAAUCAAUGAUACAACAUCGUCUUGCUAUAAAGAGCUAGCAAAUGCUGAAAUUUACGUUUCAUUUCAUCAUAACAAUUCAUAUCUGUUUCCUGCAAUGACGAAUGGACUUUUUAUUCUCCUUAUUAUGCCAGGAGUGUAUCCUCCAUAUGAACUUUAUAUAGAUUAUGUAAAGAAAACAAAUAUCUCGUUUGUAGAGUACUAUCUAGAGAGUCCAGAGUAUAUUAACCCAUCAUUGAUGCUAGAAGCAAUAAAUUUAUCAGCAAAUUUCUAUAAUUCUUCUGAUGGGUCUCGAUGUAAUUACAGAUAUCUUCGUGUAUUUGAGAAUACACAAAAAAUCGCCAAUGCUUGUUAA